GAUUUGAGAUUUCUUCCUUAUCUACGAUGGAGAGCGAGCCCCGCAACGAUUUCAAUUCGAGAAACCGUCCAUGGCGUUUUCUGGGAUCAAUUGUGCCGCUUGCAGAAUCUUCCAAAACGCCAUAGGGUAGUGCCAAAGCGUCAGAGCCAGAGAAGGACAACCUCCUUCUCGCUCCUUGCUAUGAUAUUGCCGUGAAUUAGCUUCCGACUUCCGAGCUUGUUCUGUUUCCCCUCCACUCAAUGCCCAUUAUUAGGUCGCCAUUAUCGCUGUUGAAGAAGUUUCCGUUCUCUUUUGAAUUUUCAAUUGUGACAGGUAAAACUUGACUCAUGUUUACUGCUUGAUUUUUUUUUUCCUGGUACAAGCCCAAUGUAUCCUUUCGAUAUACGGGUUUGCUUUUUUUUUUUUUUUCUUAUCUGGGACUUGGGAAUUUUCUGUGUUUGCUGUAGUGUGCAAGAACACCCUAUAGGUUUUGGAUUCAAAAUUAAGAGAGGUAAAAACGUUGUGUUUGCUUUAGGCCUUCAGCCUACGGUUGGGUCUCCGUCAUCGCCAUUGAAUAUAGCACAUUGCAGUUUUUGGAUUCAAAUUUUGAUUUUUCAAUUCUGAGAUGAAAUAUUUUUUAUGGUUAUUAAUUAAUGUGUUUAAUCUUAUUACAUUACCACUUUACCUAAAAGCUUAACUGUUAGAUUGUGGGCCAACAAUGUAUAUCAAGCUUUAACAAAUCUUAAACAAGCACGAAGUUUGUUUUGAAAUUUUCUGGGUUUGUUUGUAAUCUACUCACCUGAAAGAAAAUGGUCCCUGGUUGUUAUUUUCCCUUCUCUAUAAGUUCUGGAAGUAGAAUUUACGCCUUAAAUUGGCUUUUUUUUUGGGGGGGUGGGGUGAUUGUGGAGGAGGGGGAAGCGAGCAAGCAAACAAACAAUACAUAAAUAAAGCAUUCUUAUGUUAUCUGUGUGAUUAUUUUGACCUGCCCUUCUGGGGCAUUCUUGCAGAUAUAAAUUUAUUGGUGAGUGGAAAAAAAUCCAGUUGUUAAUGAAUUGAUAGCAUGCUUGCGGGGAAGAGAGACAAAAUUCAAUCUUUGGUUGUGAAAUGGGGAAAGAAUUUCAGUUUUAAAGUUUUAACAGCUCGCAUUUUGAGUGAUGAUCAUAUUGUUCAGUCCUACUGUUCUGUCUAUCUUGUUUUGGGUGUGUAAUGAAAUAAAUAAAGACGCGCGUGUGUAAUUCAAUUAGGAACUUGAUCUGAGAUAGACGAAGAGGAUUAGGAUGAGAGAAGCAUGCACUAAAUAAGCUGUUAGAUGGUAUUGGAUUAAAUGUGUUUUUUCUUUUCUCCCACAAUUUCCAGGCUACUUGAAAAAGGUUCAUAUUUCUGUGAGUUUUGGAAGACUGGGAGUAAAGAAAGUAUCUACCAUUGCAUUUUUUCUUUCUUUUUAUAUGGUCUUCACACUGAUAAAGCAUAUAUUUUAUUCGGAAAGAGAGUAAUUCAUUAAGCAAGCAAACUUUUAUGCAGAUCUUGAGUGACCAAUUAAAUAAAAUAAAAUAGCCCGUGUCUGUGUGUGUGUGUGUGUGUGUAGAACAUAAUUAGGGUUUUAGUCCUGAGUCCUAACAUAGAAAAAGGGGAGUAUGAUAAAAUCAUACAUUACAUGAACUAUAAUAGGAUAUUGCCCCAAAUGUGUUCCUUUCCUCCCAUCAUUUCCAGGCUCUCGAGAAAAUUCAUAUUUUUGUGAUUUUGGGGGCAAAGUAUCUAUUCUUAACCAAAUCCGGCCACAAAUGGUUUUCACGUUGAUAAAACCACAUUUUUUUAUGACUCAGAAACAGAAUAAUUCACUAAGCAAGCAAACUUUUGUGCAAAUGCUGGAGUACAAAAAUACCGAAUAUGUGCGAUUGGGGGAAGCAGCUUCUCACAGGUUUGAUAGCUUCAAAAAGGUGUCAAUUAUACCUCUUAUUUUCCUGAUAUUCUAUGAGGUCUCUGGAGGACCAUUUGGUGUGGAAGACAGCGUCAAGGCAGCCGGUCCUCUUCUAGCGCUUCUUGGGUUUCUGCUUUUCCCAUUUGUAUGGAGCAUUCCAGAGGCCCUUAUAACUGCAGAAAUGGGUACAAUGUUCCCCGAGAAUGGUGGAUAUGUGGUUUGGGUGUCUUCAGCUUUGGGUCCCUAUUGGGGCUUCCAGCAAGGUUGGAUGAAAUGGCUGAGCGGGGUUAUUGAUAAUGCACUGUACCCAGUUCUGUUUCUGGACUACCUAAAAUCUGCUAUCCCCCUUCUAACCAGCGGCUUCCCAAGGGUAAUAACUGUGCUAGUUUUGACUGUCGCUCUUACUUAUAUGAACUACAGGGGCCUAAACAUUGUGGGAUGGGUUGCCGUGUUGUUGGGGGUGUUCUCGCUUCUACCUUUUGUGGUUAUGGGACUGGUCGCCUUCCCCAAACUGCAGCCUUCGAGAUGGCUUGCGGUAGACCUGCACAAUGUGGAUUGGGGAUUGUACUUAAACACUCUUUUCUGGAAUCUCAAUUACUGGGAUUCUAUUAGCACUCUAGCAGGAGAGGUGGAAAACCCAAAUAAAAUGCUUCCAAGGGCACUCUUUUAUGCUGUAAAUUUGGUUGUCAUGGGUUAUUUUUUGCCCCUUCUGGUUGGUACAGGAGCUAUGCCACUCAAUCGCGAGCUUUGGAGUGAUGGGUACUUCUCAGAUAUUGCUAAAAUGCUUGGAGGUGUAUGGUUGAGAAGUUGGAUGCAAGCAGCGUCUGCUCUCUCAAAUAUGGGAAUGUUUGUGGCUGAAAUGAGCAGCGACUCCUUUCAACUUCUGGGAAUGGCAGAACGUGGGAUGCUUCCUGAGUUUUUCGGCAGGAGAUCUCAUUACGGAACCCCUCUUAUUGGAAUUCUCUUCUCUGCUUCUGGCGUGAUUUUGCUGUCAUGGUUGAGCUUUCAAGAGAUUGUAGCAGCAGAGAACUUCCUAUACUGUUUUGGAAUGAUCAUGGAGUUCAUAGCAUUUGUCAAGCUAAGGAUAGAAAAUCCUGCAGCAUCUCGACCAUAUAAGAUACCUGUUGGUACAGUUGGGGCAAUCUUGAUGUGUAUACCUCCAACUUUACUCAUCAUUGUGGUUUUAGCUCUUGCUUCUUUCAAAGUCGUGGUGAUUAGCCUCAUUGCAGUUAUAGUUGGGCUUAUCAUGCAGCCUUGUUUGAAGUACACUGAAAAAAAGAGAUGGUUCAGGUUCUCAACGAGUUCUGACCUUCCAGAUCUUUGUCCACUCCAUCACAAGGAUGCUGAAUCGUCACCGCAAUGACGACUUUCUUUCCCGUUAACAUGUUAUGGAAGCAGCUUUUAUUUGCCUGAAAACUUUGUCGAUAUCAACUGUUUUGCAGAUAGGUAGGUGGAGAGGUUAAGCACAAAUGAAGCAUAAUCAUGGAGAAGUUAAACAUUAAAUCGUAUUGUAUAUUUAAGUGUGAUGCUUGUCUUUUUUAACCCUUUAGAAGCUAACACCGGUUGCUGAAUAUGUUCAAGAUCACGGGAGACUUGUAUUAGAACAAGGAUCCUGCCUCUGAAAGUAAAAUAUUGCCAUUGCAAAAACUAAA